CCUUUGUUUACAUAGAUAAAGUUUUCAGCUCAUAAAAAAUGGGGCAAAAUGUGCGUAAGUUGCGUUUAUAUUUUUGUUCGGUGUAACUGCAGGGAGACUAAACUUGACUUGAGAUUGUGGCUGGUUUAUAAAAUAAUAUUUUGCAUCUUCUGUUCUCUGUGGUGUGGUGUAAUGCUCUACUUAAUAACUGAUUGACAUAUGCUCAGUGGAUUUAGGUAUGGAAAUUGGGUCUCAACUCUCGAGUCAGUGAAUAUAAUGGUUUAUGCAAAUUAAAGUAUGAUAUAUGAGUCUAUAUUCUCUUCAAUGAUAGGGCACUACACAUGCCUGUUUCAUGAGCAACAGUGCAUUUUUAAUCAUGUUUCUGAGUCAUAUUUACACUUUCCUUGUGGGAUUUAUUAAUUGUUUCUUUUUAAAGGUUUCUUGCUUAUCAUCUGAGUUCAACUUGAAUGGAGAUUACUUAUUGGGUGGCCUUUUUCCAAUACAUGAAGUUGAUCAGGCGACACCCAUGUUCCCUCCGGAGGCCACUGAAUGUAAAUGGCAAACUUUCACAACAUCUGGCUAUCAGAUGUUUCAAGUAAUGAGGUUUGCUGUUGAGGAGAUUAAUAACUCAAGCACCCUGCUGCCCAAUGUCUCUCUGGGUUAUGAAGUUUUUGAUCAUUGUUCUGACACUAAGAAUUUCCCUUCAGUCUUCAGUUUUAUCUCACAGAACGGAUCAAUAAAUCCUCAAGAAAAACUCAACAGCCAUCAGACUAAAGUCAUUGCUUUAACAGGACCUUAUGGAAGCACAAGAACAAUAACUAUUGCACCACUGAUCACAAUGGACCUUAUACCACUGGUGAAUUAUGGAGCUUCUAGUUCUGUAUUGAGCAAUAAACUUCUCUAUCCAACUUUUAUAAGAACAAUCCCUAGCAACAAAGACUUGAUACAGAUGAUUAUUCACAUCAUACAGUGGUUUGGAUGGAACUGGGUUGCCUUUCUUGGAGGCCCAGACAAUUACAGUGAAGAUGGCCUAAACCUUUUUUACAAGUAUACUAGUGAUACUGGAAUUUGUUUGGCCUAUCAGGAGACUCUUACAAUCCAGGGAAACUACAACCAAACACUUAAAAAUAUCAAUAUGUUAAACAUCAAUGUUAUUGUGGUUUUCGGAUUGCCAAUAUAUGCAGAAAACAUAGUGAUAGCUGCUAUAGAAAAUAACAUCAGAAACAAAGUCUGGAUUGCAAGUGAGACAUGGUCUAUGGAUCAGCAGCUUCUAAAAGAGCCAGGAAUUGAGAAGAUUGGAACAAUAAUUGGCAUUACAGAUAGAUUAUUAUCAUUGCCUGGAUUUGAUCAGUACAUUUACAAAGUCAAAGCAACUAAUGAAGAUAAUAAUGGGGAUGUUGAGAGUGACGUCCAGAGUAAGAUAUGCAAUCAAGAAUGUAAGGAAGGUGCAUUGUUGACCGUGCAAAAUAUUAUAAGUGAAAAUCCUACAUUUUCUUUUGCCAUUUAUGCUUCAAUGUAUUCCAUGGCUCAUGCAUUACACAAAGUUCUGCAGUGCAACACGAAUGAAUGCAGCAAAAACAUAACAGUUAAACCAUACAUGAUUCUGAGAGAAAUUAAGAACUUGGAUUUUCCACUAGUUGGACGUCAGGUGAAAUAUGAUAUUAAUGGUGAUACAACCACCAGUUAUGCUGUAGUGCUCUGGCACACUGAAACAAAUCAUUCAUGGAUUGAGAUGGUGGGCACUUAUGACACAUAUCCAGAAACCAUUUUUACCAUCGAUAACUCUCACAUGCCCUGGCGUAACAAUACUUCUGUUCCUUUCUCAAACUGCUCUGUUGAGUGUAUGGAGGGAUAUUCCAGGGAACAUGAGGGAUUGCAUGCUUGCUGUUUUCAGUGUAAAAAAUGCCCACAAAACACUUAUGUGGACUAUUCUCGAGACCCUUAUACCUGUUUUCCAUGUGCAGAGAGUGAAUGGUCUGAUGAGGGCAGCACAACCUGUAAGACACGUGCUGUUGUCUAUCUACACUUCACAGAAAUCCCCUCCAUUCUUGUUAUAUUUUCUACUGUAUGCCUCAUUGCUCUGCUCAUUUUCAUCUUUUGUCUUUUUGCUUACAAUUACAACACACCAGUGGUGAGAUCUGCUGGCGGCAACAUGUGUUUCCUAAUGUUAGCAUGUUUAACAAUGUCUAGCAUAAGUGUGUUCUUUUUCUUUGGACAACCCACAUCUGUACAUUGUGUGUUGAGAAAUUUUAUAUUUACAUUUUUCUUCACUAUCUGUCUCUCUUGUUUGACCGUUCGUUCCUUUCAAAUCGUUUGUGUCUUCAAAAUGGCUGCAGAGUUCCCUAAAUUACACAGCUUGUGGGUAAAGCACAACGGCCAGUGGCUCUUCAUUAUGUCGUCGUCUUUCAUUCAUUUCAUUUCUUGUGUAUUAUGGGCAACUGUAUCACCUGACGAUCCCGUCAGAGAUUCAAUUACUUUUAAUGACCAAACUAUGCUUAUUUGUGAAAGGAGAAACACUGUAACCAUCAGCAUAGCUUUGUUCAUAAGUUGGUUUCUUGGUUUCCUGUGCAUCUCAUUUUCUUACAUGGGAAGAGAUCUGCCAAAAAGUUACAAUGAGGCCAAAUCAAUAACUUUCAGUCUGCUUAUGUACUAUCUGAGCUGGAUUAUAUAUUUCACAAUAUAUCUCAGCUUCAAAAGCAAAUACGUCCUGCUUUUGAAUGCACUUGCCCAAAUAAGCAGUAUAUAUGGAAUUCUCUUCAGCUAUUUCAUACCAAAAUCUUACAUCAUGUUAUUUCAACCAAAGAAAAACACUGCUGCAUACUUUCAAACAUCUAUUCAGAAUUACACACAAACCAUUAGUAGAAGUUGAAUCACAAUUGACAUGCUACCAAUGCUGCCAACAAUUACUGAUUGAGAUUUUCUGCCAGGGAAGGGGGUUUGGCGUCUUGGGUAUUCUGAUCUAACAUAUUCAGUAAGUCGUUAUAUUUUAUUUACUGUGAAUAUAUUGAGAAAAUAUAUAUUGACUGUAGCUUGAACUGCUAUAGUGUAAUAUGUGCUUCAUCCAGGGCAAUCUCAUUUUAUCGCCAUGUUUUAAACAACAUUUUGUCAGUAAUAUUAACAUUUGAUUAAAGGGGUUACUAGAUUUAACAUUAUAAAACGGGCAGUUCUGGUUCUUCAUUCUGAUUGGUUGAAACGCCUUCUAAGCCAUGAUAAAAUACCCCGGUAAACCCACGGUUCAAACCGCAUUACAUAAGUAUCACUGCGCCACUAUUGUGGCGUACUGAUUUAUGAAAAUAAACACCACAGUCUUUUUUAAUUUGUUUUUUUUAAUUUGUCUACAAUUGCACAAUUAAUGGCAAUAUCCAGAUAAAUGUCAAUAAAUAUCGUUGAGUCAUCUCAUCAAUAAAGAGAAAACGUUCCCUGAGGAGUUUCUACCUCAAAUUCAUAUUUCCUCUAUCCAUUGGGUGGCAAUCUUACCCAACUUAAAAACUGAUGCAUUCACUUAACACUAAAAACAGCACUAAAGUUUUGAUCAGGCUCUGAAUCUGAUCUCUUACAAAAGUAAAAAAAAAUGAAUUAUCUCCACUUUUAGCUAUAAAUUUGAGAGGUGAUAAGAGAACAAAUGAAGGGUUUUUUAAGUGGAGGGUCUGUUCUUUCAUUUGAUGUUUUAUGUUUCUUUAAAGAAGAUCAUUUUUCGGGAAGGCAUUAAAAUAAAACUGGGUGGCAACUAAAAAAAAAAAACGCUCAUACUUCCAAGCAUAUUUGAUCAUCACUUCAACAGUUGCACAAUAUAAAUGUUAAUGUAUAAAUUAGAUGAAUGUGGAAUUCUAAAAAUAAACACCACAGUCUUAAAUCAUAUUUUCAUUGUGUCUUUGCUG